AUUUGGACUGGACUGGACUGGAUAAGACAGUUCCUCGUUGAAGAUUAUUAGGAAAACGACUUAUACAGUUGAUAUGUGGACAGAUCUGCUUACAUAGUGCACGACUCAUCCGUUCCUCGUGUCCCUUUGGACUGCUCGACACGGCUGUCCAUUCUUCAGUGUUUACCCACCUCCUAACAGUGACACCUCAGAUACUGCAACGACUGAGAUUCCCAGUGAUAUCAGCCAGUAACAUGUCCAUGUUUAGCACGGGCAUCCUUGUGCUGACGUCGCCUCUCCACAUCCUCCCCUUGCGUAUCGCUCCAGUGCUCAGCUCAGCUGCUCAGCUUGUGGAGCGCACACUGUACGUCCACCUCCACCCCGGGCUGAACCUGGGGAGCGGGGGCCAGCCUCGGCCAGUUUUCAUUCCACCAGUGGUUGACCUGUCUACGCUCAUUUCCCGCCUUUACAGCAAUGCAGCCGACGUAUGCGCGCACCUGGAUGUCCGUGUUUUGCUGACCAAUGUUCGCGCUCAGUCAGCUGCCUGCAGUGGGACCCAGACAAUCCCAAACUGCCCCUUUCCCACACCACAAUCUCUGUCUCACUCCCCAGAUGUGGUGCUCACAGACUUCCCUCUGCAGGAUCCAGGCGAGUUCCAUCAGGUUAAGCAGUGUUUGCAGAAAUACAUGGGCCACUGCUACGUCUGUAGCCCCAGCCUGCCAUCAGUGUUGCUUCACCCACAACUAAUAAGGCUACAGGAGAAAGAGGAAGGGCUGAAAGAGCCUGAAGAAAAGGCAGAACCCCUGGAGACCUACAGUGAUGUGGUGGUAGGGGGGACGUUUGACCGGCUCCACGGGGCCCACAAGACGCUGCUCAACAUCUCAUGCCUGCUAGCUAAUAGAAGGUUCCUUAUUGGUGUGUGUGACCAGGCAAUGCUGAAAAAAAAAGUGCUAAAGGAGCUGGUGGAGCCCUACCCUCUGCGGGUCCAGAGACUGCAGGAGUUCCUGCAGGACAUCAAACCCUCGCUGCAGGUGGAGAUCGUGCCCCUCGACGACCCCUUUGGCGUCUCUGUGGUUGACCCCUUGCUGCAGUGCAUUGUGGUUAGUGAGGAGACGAGAAGGGGAGGCGAGGCCGUCAAUAAGAAACGCAUUGAGAAUGGCCUUCCAGCUCUCGUCCUCCAUGAGAUCCAGUUGCUGAAAGAUGCUCACCACACUGAGACAGAGGAGGAGAAGAUCAGCUCCUCCAGUCUACGCUCUCGUCUGCUGGGCACCCUCCUCACCCCUCUUAAAGACACGUCCCAUCUCCCUGCCCUUCCAUAUGUGAUUGGCCUGACGGGAGGCAGCGGCAGCGGAAAGAGCUCCAUCGCCAGGCACCUGGAGGCUUUGGGCGCAGUCCGGAUUGACUGCGACAAGCUGGGCCACGAGGUGUACCAGCCCGGCACAGCGGCCUAUCACAGAGUGCUCGAAGAAUUUGGUUCAGAUCUCCUAAAAGAAGAUAAAACCAUCAACAGACAGGCGUUAGGAAAGAAAGUUUUUGGGAACCAGGAGCGGUUAAAAGCCCUAACAGACAUCGUAUGGCCUCAGAUUGCACUUCUGGUGAAGAGCAUAAUCAGCCAAGCCAGAGAGGAAGGUAAACAGGUGUGUGUGUUGGAUGCAGCUGUUCUUCUGGAGGCCGGCUGGAUAGACAUGGUCCACGAGGUCUGGGUCACCGUCAUCCCUGACGAGGAGGCAGUGUCAAGGAUAACGGAGCGAGACGGCGUGACAGCAGAAGACGCGCUGCGCCGGCUGCAGAGCCAGUGGUCCAACGCCAAGCAGGUAGAGCACGCCAAUGUAGUGCUCAGCACGUUGUGGGAGCCAGAGGUCACUCGGAAACAGGUACUGAAAGCUUGGAAUCUUCUUCAGAAGAGAAUCCAACAGAGGCAAGAGGGACAGAAGUGGGUCACUACAUCAUCUCAGCUGUGAGAGUGUCAGAGGAAGGAACAUGUGCGCGAAAAUGACUGAUCCACAUAAGGAAACGCUGCCUUAGGAAGAAGCGAGAGCGGUUUCUGCAGCAAACCCAAGCAGCUUCUUUGACCAAGACUCAGUGCCUGACUGACUUUCCACACGUUUUUAAGCUCCCUUUUUAAGAUGCUUUGUGAAAGUGAAAGAUGGAUGGGUGAGGAAAAAAAGAGAACUUUAUACAUAAAUGAUCCCUAACAAAAAUAAGUUCUGGAUGAUCAUAUUAAUAAAGUUUUACUUUAUCCCCAGAAUUGCAGCUCUGUUUUCAUACAUAGAUUUUUUUUUUUUAAUGAAUGGCCUGCUUUUAAAUGGUUACUGACGUUUAAAAGAUAGGCCCAACAUUCAGCAAAGUCUAAUAUUUUGGACACACUAUAAGUGUCCUCUUUCCAUGUCUUCUAAGUGUAAUGAAUGUAGCUUAGAAAAGCAGCUAAUAGUAAGGAUAAAGUGAGGUAUCAUUUUGACAGAUUGUAUAGUUGCCACAUUUAACCAUAGAAUGAAACGUGUUUAUUUUUGCAGCCUUGGGGUCGGAGAAUAUUUUAACAAAUUCACUAUCAUUAUGAGGAAUUCUAAAUGACCAAACAAGGUCCUUGUAUUGUAGGAAUAUGUGCAAUAGGUUAUAUUUUGUCCUAUUAUCAGUGUAGCUGUCAGGUUGAAUAAGGGUAAUUAAGUCAGGAUCAGUACAUUGACUAAUAAAGGAAAAUGCAUCAAUACACAGGGACAGAAUCUAUGAAUGAAAUCUGUUUAAAAAUCUUGAAUUGUAAUGAGUGCAUGAUCUCCACGUGAGCUCACCCGUACCCAUUCAAACAUUCAACAUCUCCAAAAGCACCUGAAAAUGACAAGAGGGACAGCAGAGUGGAAGUCAUGACGGGUCCAGCUCAUGGUUGAUUUCAUGUUGUCAAAGUCCACAAUAAUAAAUGUCCUUUAGUAUUAUGAGGAUUGUCCAAUGAAAUGUAAUGUGUUCAUACAGUUGGUGAGAAACUUCGAGUGUCUUUGCUUUUCAUCGUCUUGUAUGUCAUCUUGAACCUCAGUGGAAUACUUUAAUAAACUGGUGUUAAAUCUUU